UCACUGUGAAUUCACUUUCCAUUUGUUUUGGUGUUCUGUCUUAUCAUCGCUGAGCAGGUUUCGACGACCUGAAAUUUACCUACAAUGACGAGGCUGUCUUAUUUCUGUCUACAGCUUGCACUUUUCCAUUUUUUUCGUGCUACCUUCGCUAUCAGCAGCCAUUGCUAUUACCCGAAUCAACAGGAAGCCGAAGGUGAUUCUCCUUGCAACCCAAAUGCGGACUCGAGUGCCUGCUGUGGUCGCGGUAUUGGUACGAUUUGUCUUUCUAAUGGUCUAUGUCAAGGACCUAACGGAGCUGUAAUUCGGGGCUCUUGCUCGGACAAGUAUUGGGACUCGGGAAACUGUGCCAACUACUGCUUAGGCGCUUCCCUUGGGGGUACUGAUCUGGUUUCUUGCGCAAACGUCACUAAGGACGACACAUCUUAUUGCUGCAAUGGUGCUGAAAAUUGCUGCGAUUCUGGAGACGGCAGGUUCUCGGUUGGUCCGCAUAAUCCGACCACAUCAGCGACCUGGAACGCGGUUUCAACCAAGUUCAUACUGGUUGGGAUAACAUCAACAUCUUCGUCAACGCGUACUGCGUCAUCAAUCCCUACAGCAUCCUUGACUAGGGAGUCGACAACUUCACCCCCAGGCUCAACAACAGCUAAUAGUACUAUUAGCGGCGAACUUCCAAACGAUAUUCCUACCAGCACAAAUAUAGUUUCGCAACCCGAGAGUACCUUUAAUUUGAAUCAGGGAACUGCUACAUCAUCUGAUCUUAGCGAUGGUGCGAAGGCCGGGAUUGGUAUUGGCGUCGCCAUAGGGACUCUACUUAUUGUAGGUUUGAUAUAUGCAUUAUGGAGGUUGAAGAAAAUGAAGAAUAGGCUGGCCAAGGACCAACCUGGAAACCAAAACAACCAAGCCCCUACAUUUCCCACAUCCGAGGUCCUGAUGCCUCCGAAUAAUGUCAACAUGACAUCAGCUCUACCUCCCAAAAGCCAAAGUCAGAUAUCAGAAUUGUACGGGCACGAUAAUCAUCUUCACGAAUUACCUACCGAAUCUACAUAGCGGAUAUGCGAUCGAUAUUUUGGGAUCGAUAAGAUAUGUUGAAUAAUAAUCCAUCUCUCCUUUAUUCGGAUGUUGCCGUCAUAACUGGGGUGUCGAUAUCUUGCACCGCUGUGGCAUCAUCGGUGCCAAGCCGGGGCUGGUAGUGGGUUUAGGAAGGCGGCCAUCG